AUGGGGCUUGAAAUUGUGGAACCAAACGCGUGCAUUAGAGGUUGCUGCAGCAGCAAUUCCAUUCCUCUCCAUCUUCCACCUUCCUCUUACACUCUCCUCAAACCAAUUGCCCGGGGGGCUGAGAGUGUUGUAUAUGAAGCAAUUUUGGAUGGAAAGAAAGUUGCUGUGAAGAAACCCAUCUUGUCUACUUCUGAGGAUCUUGAUAAGUUCCACAAGGAGUUGCAAUUGCUAUGUAAGCUUGAUCAUCCGGGAAUAGCAAAACUGGUUGCCGCACAUGCAAAGCCACCCAAUUACAUGUAUUUCUUCGAAUUCUUUGAGCCUCCGAACUUAUCUGAGAAAUUACACAUGGAAGAAUGGAGUCCGAAUAUCAAUCAGGUGCUUGCGGUUGCUGUCCAAUUAGCAAAGGCUUUGCAAUAUCUGCAUCACCUCGGGAUUGUACAUAGGGAUGUGAAACCGUCAAAUAUUCUUCUGGACAAAGAUCUUUAUCCACACUUAGCAGACUUUGGUUUGGCUGAGUACAAGAAAGAUCUUAAAGGAGUUUCUAUUGGGAAUUGGAGGUCAUCUGGAAAACCUACUGGUGGUUUCCACAAAAAAAACAUGGUUGGCACUCUCAUUUACAUGGCACCUGAAAUACUAAAGAAGGAAAUACAUACAGAAAAAUCAGAUGUCUACAGCUUUGGUAUAUCAAUUAAUGAGCUUCUUACUGGUGUUGUUCCAUAUACUGAUCUUCGUGCGGAAGCCCAGGCACACACUGUACUGGAGAUGAACUACACUGAGCAGCAACUAACAGCAGCUGUGGUGUCUGAUGGAUUGCGACCUGUUCUUGCUGGUCCUGAAUCUGGUGCACCAUCUACUUUGUUGUCACUGAUAGAGAGGUGUUGGGAUGCAAAUUCUCAAAACAGACCUUCUUUUGAUGACAUAGUUGCAGAACUUGGUACAAUUUUGGAACAGGGAGAAAAUAUGAAAGAAUCAGAUAUUGUCUUUCCCAAAUCUUCUAAUUCUCUUGGUGAUCAGCCGGUUUAUGUUGCUAGCAGCCUUCAAGCUUACCAAGAGGGUAUUAACUGGUUUUCUCAGGGAGAAAAUUUCAUCACAAGAGCUUGUCUACCUAAACCUGGUACAGCAAUCUGGCUUGCAUCAAAUGAUCCCUUGGCAUAUAAUCCAAUACUUUCUUGGGGAUCCUUUGCUACAUGUGGGAGACGGGAGACCAUGGAGGACACUCAUUUCCUUUUGCCCCAAAUGUUUCAUCAAGGGGACAUACAUGCUUUUGGUAUCUUUGAUGGUCAUAGAGGUGCAGCAGCUGCCGAAUUUUCAGCUCGAGCGUUUCCAGGAUUCUUGCAAGCUUUAAGUUCAACUAGCAGUCCAAGUGGUGCAUUAUUCGAAGCAUUCAUUAAGACAGAUAUUGCGUUUAGAGCUGAGCUGGAUUUUUCUCGUAAAUCCAAGAGAGUUAUCCAGAAGGACUGGCAUCCCGGUUGCACUGCAGCAGCUGCUCUUAUUGUUGGAAACAAGCUUUUUGUGGCUAAUGCUGGUGAUUGCAGGACCAUAUUGUGUCGGGCUGGCCAUCCCUUUGUUCUAAGCAAGGAUCAUGUUGCAAGCUGUCUUGAGGAGAGGGAGCGGGUUAUUAGUGCUGGGGAACAAGUUAGAUGGCAAGUAGAUAAUUGGCGGGUGGGUCUUGCUGCUCUUCAGGUUAGUAUUAUUUUCCAAAUGGAAGGCUCGCACACAAACCUUUUUUCUGAGUUAAUUGGUAGAACUUUUAGAAUCAGUUCAGAAAAAAAUAGACAAUUCAUAAAAUCUGGCUGA